AUGCUGAUUCCUGUUCGUUGCUUUACUUGCGGAGCCAUCAUCGGACACAAAUGGAAAGAGUACGUCAGACUAAUCGAGGAAGAGCACAUGAACUAUACAGAAGCUUUAAACGCACUUAACUUAAAGAGAUUUUGCUGCCGUAGAAUGCUCUUAACACAUGUCGAUCUUCUUGAUAGAAUGCUUCUCUACUCUCGUCAGGAUACAACACCAACCCAAAACUAA